CCCUGGAUUGCCCCAAGCACCCCGCAGCACCCCCCGGAUUGCCCCAAGCGACCCGGAGCAUCACCCGGAGGGUCCUUGGCAUCCACCCCGAGCAUCCCUCGGGUCGGUCCCGACAGCCCGAGCAUCCCCCGGCUCCCCGCUGAGCAUCCCUCGGAUCGCUCCGGGCACUCCGAGCAUUCCCGGCUCAUCCCGAGCAUCCCAGGCUCGCCCCGAGCAUCUCCCGUCUCGCCCCUGAGCAUCUCCUGGCUCAUCUCGAGCAUCUCCAGGCUCAUCCCGAGCAUCUCCAGGCUCAUCCCGAGCAUCUCCCGGCUCAUCUCGAGCAUCUCCCGGCUCUCCCCGAGCAUUCCCGGCUCGUCCCAGCCCGCCCCCCCCCUGCUCGGGCCGUUUCUCCAGGGAAGAUGCUCAACGUUAUGGAUUUCUCCUGCCCGGAUCCGCUUUACUCCAAGUACGAGGAGAGCUGCGAGAUGAAAACCGGAGACCUGCAGGGCUUGGGGCAGCCUGAGCAGCAACUUCUGGCAGAGGCCGAUUUCCUCGGAGGUGAGCUGGUGGGCGUCCCGGCGAGCGGCGGGGCCGUGGAUUAUUCCCUGCUGGGCAGCCAACCCUCCCCUUCCCUCAGCUACACCGGCAGCUUCUUCAUCAAGGCGGUACCGGAGCAUCCCCAGGACCAGGAAUCCCUGUUCAACCUCAUGUCGGGCAUCCUGGGCAUCUCCCCUUUCUCCUCCUCUUCCGAGAGCCACCCGAGGCACCUGGACGCUCUUUACCCCUGUCCCGAGGUGGCUCAGGGCCAGCUGGACCUUUACCCCACCUGCCAGCCCGAAAUGAGCGGAUCCACCCAAGCCCCCUUCCCGGAGCAGGGAUACGGCGGAUUCCCCACGGCCGAGGGGGCUCAGCCCCUGCAGGCACAGCCCGCCUUGGGAAACACCUCCCAGUGCUUCUUCCAGCCCAAGCUCCUGGACAACAAGCAGGAUAUCAAGCUGUCCUCUGGUUCUCCACCCCUGGACAAGUUCAAAGCCCCCUGUGCCCAGUGGGAGCCCCUCACCCAGCACCAGACCUACUUGCCCACCGGAUACCCUUCUCCCGAAGCGUUCCCGGCUGGAGAGAGCAGCCAGGGGCUGUUCCACCCUCUGGGCUCCAAGAUGGAGAGCGUCCUGUCCGUGAGCUGCCAGUCGGAGCUGGGCAGCCUGGCAGAGGAUGCCGCCUGCUUCGGAGCCCAUCUGGGAUUUGGCUGCGAGCCAGAAAACUUCCCGGCCCGCGGGGACUUCGCCGACGCCAAGAUCCACAACAUCCCUCCUCCGCUGAUGCCGGAAUUCGACGCCACCGCCUUGGCCCAGCCGGAGGUGCUGCCGGGCCUGAUGAGCUCGGCCGAGCUCCUCCACCCUCACCCCUCGCCCUCCGUGCCCCCCACCACGGACUUUUUGGGCCACGCCGCCGCCUCCUCCUCCUCCCUCCCUUCCCUGCUUCCCGCCAACCCUCCCGCCCUGGCCCAGGAGCCCAAGAAGAAAACCCGCCGCGCCAAGUGCUCCUCCAAGUGCUUCUGCCCCAAGCCCCACGAGAAGGCCUUCGCCUGCCCCGUGGAGAACUGCGUCCGGAGCUUCGCCCGCUCCGACGAGCUCAACCGGCACCUCCGCAUCCACACGGGCCACAAGCCCUUCCAGUGCCGCAUCUGCCUGCGGAAUUUCAGCCGCAGCGACCACCUGACCACCCACAUCCGCACCCACACGGGCGAGAAGCCCUUCUCCUGCGACACCUGCGGGCGCCGCUUCGCCCGCUCCGACGAGAAGAAGCGCCACAGCAAAGUCCACCUGAAGCAGAAGGCCCGGACCGAGGAGAAGCUCAAGGGCCUGGGGUUCUUCUCCGUGGGUCUCUCCUUCGGGACGCUGUGAGACCUCCGGCGUGAGCAGCGCCGGGAGACGGCGUUUCCCGAGGUUCCCCCCGAGCGUCUCACGGGAGAGCCGGGGUGGGAAUUCCCUCCCGGAGAGGAGGGAAGGAUGGGCCGUGCCCGGGGGAAGGAGAAGGGCACGCGGGAGGCGGAGGCGACGCCGCGGUGCCGGAGGUGGGAUGUGGAGCCAAUCUCCAAAUCCUGUGUUUUACACGGCUCCUGUUCCAAGGAGGGGGAAAGGAGAAAAAAAAACAUGGACAGAAAGAAAUCCACGGAAAGGUGGGUUUUUUUAUCCCCAAACCUACAGACACUCGGUGUUUGUAGCCGUGAUUCGCCCUGCCAGGACUUUGCAGGAUGCUCCCGACUGGAGAUUUCCGGAUGGCACAGUCGGAACCGUGGCUGCACCGGGUCCUUUCUCCCCAAGGAGAGAGAAGCCACCAGGCUCUGGCAACCAGUGCCUGGCAGGCCCUUUGGAAAGGUGAUGUCAUUAUUAUUAUUAUUAUUAUUAUUAUUAUUAUUAUUAUUAUUAUCAUCCUGUUUGUAAAAAAGCAAAAUCCUCUAUCAGGAAUAUUCCAAAUUUGUGUCUAUUUUUCUAAUUAAAGAUUUGAGCUAAUCCAA